AUGGACGGGUCGCAGCGACCUGAAGCCAUGUGCUCCUCUCACUCCGACUCCAGCGACCCCUCCCGGCCCAGGUCCGAAGAUGCCCCGAGCCGAGUGGGAAAGGAGGACGUCAUGAUCACUCUGUCGCUCUCUCCCGAACCGCCGGCUCCUCCCCGGACUCGAUCCCCUUUGGCCCGACCGCAUCUGCGUUCACGAUCACUGGUUGGGAUCCCCGGCAUGCCAUCGAUGACGCGCGCGUACUCAUCCCCAGGGCUGGACUCUCGGGGGCGAUAUAUCUUCGUCAAUGGCCGCGGGGUGCCCGCGCCUCAGUCUUCCGUGGACAUCGCGAAGCGAUCUACGCCCUUGCAGAUGCGAGCGGAUGAUCACAUCGAGACCCGCCUGGGGUCGCUCAACAUCUCGGAAACGAUCUCUGAGAAUGCCGAGCUCGAGACGGUGCCGCCGUCUCCCUCGUCGCAGUCGGGCUCGUCGCCCGUCUUGAUGCCGCAGACCUUCCCCCGCAUCGGUCGCCUGCGCUCGACAUCUCCCCUCCAUUUUCAGCAGCCCAUCAGCAAUCUGCCCUCGAUCCAUACCUCGCCCACGCUCGGUGGGAAGUACAAUGAGUCAUAUCCUGGCCUUUCAGCCUCCUCUACCUCCUCCGUGCCCUCUACCCCCACUAGCCUCCGCUCUCGAAGCCCCAGCAUCUCGUCAUUGGAAACUAUACCCGACAUUCCGGAUGCCGAGGCCGAGGCGCUCGAAGAUGACCGGAUCGCGGAACUAAAGGCUGCGGCAGAUGCAGCCGAUGCAGCAAGCAACGCGGGCCGACGACGCGGCACCUCCGACUUCUCUACCCCGUCUAGUUCAUCCGGCACAAUCCGUGGCGGAGCCAGUGCAUAUGCCCCACGGAGCGACAAACGCAAGCGAUGGAGUGUCUGUGGUGCCGAACGCCGGCAAGAUCUGGACCUAGAAACUAUCUGGGAGGACUAA